GUAUCUAUAAGUAUGGUGCCAAAAGUACGAUACCCAGUAAUCUGCAGUGUCGACUUGCCGACUCAUCCUGAAUUUACUAGAAUCUCUCCACCGAGAAUAUCCAGAAAAAUGAACUUCGUAGCGUUCGGGCUUAUCCUGAUCUGUUGCCAUGCCUGGGCGAUUGAAAUAGAUGAUAAUUUUGCAGUUGUAAUGUCCACCAUAUAUCAAACAAACUUAAAAAAUUUCCUCGAAAAGUACAAGUCUUUACUGCAAAAUGGAAACAGUGGGCUCAUAUAUGGAAUUCCGCUUCGUGAUCCGUUCAUUAUAGAGAGACUGCCCAUCAAAUAUAAUUUAUCUACUCCUGUGGGUAAUAUAGACCUCGAGGGAUUUCUUGAAAACCUUAACUUAACUGGUUUGGCCUCGUUUAACAUUAACAGCGCUAAAUUCAAUCUAAUUAAUAUGAAUGCCUACAUAGAUCUAAGCUGGCCGUUGACAACCGCGAAUACUAAUUACUCCUUGGAAUGCAACGUCCUUAACUACGAUAUUCAUGGAGAUGGAAAUAUGGAUGGAAUCGCACAUAACUUCAGAACUAUUAUGGAUGUUGAUUUAAAACUGAAGGGCCCGUAUAUGCAAGUUCGAAGUGUAACAUCACAGAUUUUAUUGGAAGCAUUGAACUUUAACGUGACGGAUAUCUACAACGAUGAGGACAUGUCCGAGAGAAUCAGCAAGACGAUCUCCGAUGUAAUACCUAAGCUCAUCGCCUCCAACCAAAACAUGAUUGAGUAUAUUAUUAAUACCAUUGCCUCGCAGAUUCUCAACAAAUAUCUAUUAACUAUAACAUUUAUGGAUAUAUUGAAAGGAAUAAGUCCAAUCUAAUAAUUUUUCUAUCGUGUUGGCACCACGCUAUCGUUCGAUCAAUCAUUUCUACAACCACGAUUGAUCCCAGUUGAACGAUAAAAAUAAAUGAUAAUGCACUUGAAGAGUAUUUGUUGGUAAUAUCGUCAAAGACAAAAAAUCUUUAACGAUUUUGUAUUAAAUUUAUUUCUACAAUGUACUAAUAAAAUAAGCAGGGUUGGGAAAGUUUAUACUUUGUAAAAAUAACUAGUUACAGUUAUAGUUUUUUUCUUUCAAAAGUAACUAUAUAGUUACAGUUCCAAGUUACCGAGACUAAAAAUUAACUCGUUACAAUUACAGUUACUAAAAAAGUAACUUUUCAGUUACUUUUCUGUUAUCAUGACAGAACAAUAUGAGUAUCACCGAUAUCAUUAGAGCUAUCAAAGAAAAAAAUAAUUUACGUUUACACGAUACAAUUUUAUUAAAAAAUUCCUUUAAUUUUGCGGGAAUAUAUGCGAGAUAACUCAAA